ACACUAAUCAGUCGCGUCAAAAUUACAAUCCACGGACGAAAAAAAAAAUCAUCUUCAUAUGUAUCCAUCGCAUCGCAUGGGCGUCUUAUCACUCAUCACGGGACCCAAUCCACCUCACAAUUCUCUCCGAACCUGACUCGGCGCAACAUUCGCCCGCGGCAUGAUUACUUUACAGCUCCAAGCGACGGCAGAACCAUGCACCGGCAGCCCGCCAGCCAUCGCAUCCAAUUCAUCAAAAAGUUGUUUAAUCGUUCAUCGCUCCCAAGUACGAUUUUUUUGGCGGUGGAUUGAUUUAGUUUCGUCGGUCUUGUAG